AUGGCCGAUUCAGCACCUGCUCAGUCCAACCAGCCUCAGAAACGGAAAUUCAAUGAGGGAAAGAGACACUUCAAGAAGAACAAGAAGCAAAAGCAGACAACCGUCAAGGAGGGUUCCAAUGAAGAGGUCUUGAUCGCCGACGUUCGCGCAUUACUCGAGAAGCACUCGAUCGCCUCGAAGCCUGCCGAAGACCAGCCAGAAGAACAAGCCUCAGCUCCCAAACUACCUGAGCCGUUCACCGAGUACGAUGUGACAAUUGAAGAACUCUCUUCCACUGGUGACGGUCUUGCUGUCAUUCCUGGUUCCUCUCAAGUCGCUGUUGUCCCCUUCACCGCGCCUGGCGACAAGGUUACUGUCAAGAUCAUCAAGCAUCUUCAAGACACAAACUACACCUUGACCGACUUUGUCAAGGUUCUCGAACCCUCGACUCAUCGCGAUGAUUCUCUGCCCAAGUGUGGCUACUUCUCAAAGUGCUCUGGAUGCCAGUUCCAAUUCCUCCCUUAUCAAUACCAACUGGACCACAAGAGAAGCAUUGUCGAAAAGGCCUACAAGAACUUCUGCAACUUGCCCGCACAUCUUAUCCCUGCUAUUGGAGACACAAUCGGCUCGCCUCUGCAAUACGGGUACCGUACAAAGUUGACUCCUCACUUCGACGGUCCUCCUGGUGGCAGAAGAGAUAGACGUCAGGGCGUCAAAGCUGUCUUCUCGGAGGUCCCGCCGAUCGGCUUUAUGCUCAAGGGAACUCGUAAGACUAUGGACAUUGAGGACUGCCCAAUCGGCACGGAUGCCGUCCGCAUGGGUAUGAAGAGCGAAAGAGAAAGAGUUAAGGUCGAGUUGGAAAAGUACCAACGCGGUGCCACAUUGCUUCUUCGUGAAAGCACAAAGCGUAUCGAAAAGAAGGACCUACCACAAGAGCAGCAGCGGACCAAUGCUGGCGCUGCUGAAGAGCAACCUAUUGAGGUCCAGGCUGCUGCACCUCAANGCGAGUCCAAGGACUACAUUGACGAGGAUCGCGGCUCACACAUUCACCGCAAGACAUGUGUCACUGACCAGAACGCUGUUUCGACAGAAUAUGUCGACGACUUCCGCUUCGACAACCCAGCCGGCUCUUUCUUCCAAAACAAUAACUCUAUCCUUCCCACCUUCACUCAGUACAUUCGCGACAACAUCCUGCCAAAAGACCAACCAGCAGAUGCACCCAAGAUCACCAACCUCAUUGACGCCUAUUCUGGCAGUGGUCUCUUCACCGUCACACUAUCCCCUCUUUUCAAAAACUCCAUUGGCAUCGACGUCUCGACAAAAUCCAUCGAGUUCGCUUCCACAAACGCCAAACUCAACAACAUUCCUCCCUCAUCUGCACGCUUCCUCGCCGGUGAUGCCAACAACAUCUUUGCCGAGAUCAAGUUCCCUGCUGCUGAGACUGCCGUUGUCAUUGACCCCUCAAGAAAGGGCUGUGAUGAGAACUUCCUGGGGCAGCUGCUGCAGUUUGGACCUGAGAGGGUAUGCUAUGUCAGUUGCAAUGUACACACUCAGGCUAGAGAUGUGGGUGUCUUGGUUGGAGGUCUUGCCGGUGUUAAUGGAGGCAAGGGCUUGUAUGAGAUUGAGAGUUUGAGAGGCUUUGAUUUCUUCCCUCAGACUGGUCAUGUUGAGGGUGUUGCUUUCUUAAGGAAGAAGAAGGACGUUGCUGCUGCUGAGUAG